GAACAGCCUUAAAUAGCGCGCGCACAUCGGAUGCAGGAUUAUGUCCCAGCCUGCCUGUCAGACAGCGCAGAGGGUUUAGGCGCUCGCGCGCUCCUGGUACCCAAGCGCAUUGUUACAGAAUCAGGACCGGUUCCGAUCAACUCAGCGUCUCAUCCGUCUGAUGCUCGUCGGGAUCAGCGAGCUUUCACACCAGAUCUGAUAGUUCGGUUCUGCUGGAUGACCCGGACGGAGCGCAGUUGCCAUGACCACAGAUGAAGUGGAAAGUCACCAGAAGCCCAAGAAGCAGGAGGAAGCUGCUCAGGAUGCUCGACCGGCCUCUCCUGAAGAUGAGCAGCUCCAGCCCAUAAACCGGAACUCGGCAGGCCGCGGCCUCUCUCGCCUUUUCUCCUCUUUCCUGAAGAGGCGUUCACAGUGUGACAGUGAUGGGGGAGAGCGGGGAGACAAGGGAGAAGAGGAAGGCAAAGCCCCCAUCGCUGACCCUGAGCCUGAACUGAAAGCAGAGGGGGAGACCAACGUGGACCAGCAUUCAGUCAGCAGUGCUGAGGCUCAGGCUCUCCAGGCAGAGAAGAAAGAAACAGAGGAGGAGGCGGAUUCAAAGGAGAAAGAGAAGAACGAUGAGAAGGGGGAGGCUCUCGUUCUGGAGCAGGAGGAGGGUAAAGAGAAGGAGUCUGCUCCUGAGGGAGGCAUCGGAACAGAGAAGAAGGAGAAGACCACAGACGAGGAGGAGGAGGUCAAAGCCCCCAAGGCUCCUCGUGGACCGAAGACCAUGGAGAUCAGGGUCACACUGCUGGAUGACACCCUGUUGGAGUGUGAGCUGGACAAACACUCCAAAGGCCAGGACCUGUUCAUGAGAGUGUGUGACCACCUCAACCUGCUGGAGAAGGACUAUUAUGGUCUGGCCAUCUGGGAGACUCCCACUAUGAAGACCUGGAUGGACAUGACCAAGGAGAUCCGGAGACAGGUUCAGGGUUCUAAUUACAACUUCACUUUCAACGUGAAGUUCUAUCCUCCGGACCCGGCGCAGCUGUCAGAAGACAUAACAAGGUACUACCUGUGUCUGCAGCUGCGUAAGGACAUCUUCCAGGGUCGCCUGCCCUGUUCCUUUGUCACCCUGGCUGUGCUGGGUUCCUACGCCCUGCAGUCUGAGCUGGGUGAAUACGACCCCGAGCUUCACGGAGAUCGCUACGCAAAGGAAAUGAAGAUGGUUCCAGGUCAGACCAAGGAGCUGGAGGACAAGAUGAUGGAGCUGCAUCACACAUAUCGGUCGAUGAGUCCAGCCCAGGCAGACCUGAUGUUUCUGGAGAACGCUAAAAAACUCUCCAUGUAUGGAGUGGACCUCCACCAAGCCAAGGAUCUGGACGGUGUUGACAUCAUGCUUGGGGUUUGUUCUGGAGGUCUGAUGGUUUACAAAGACAAGCUCAGGAUCAACAGGUUCCCAUGGCCCAAAGUCCUCAAAGUUUCCUACAAGAGGAGCAGUUUCUUCAUCAAAAUUCGCCCGUCUGAGACGGAGCAGUAUGAGAGCGCCAUCGGUUUCAAACUACCCAACUAUAAGGCCGCCAAGAAGCUGUGGAAGGUCUGUGUGGAGCAUCACACCUUUUUCAGGCUGACCUCCACGGAGAUGGUCACCACUCCAAGAAAGUUCCUGGCUCUGGGGUCAAAGUUUCGGUACAGCGGACGGACUCAGGCUCAGACCAGGCAGGCCAGCUCCCUGAUCGACAGACCAGCUCCUCGGUUCCAGCGCUCCUCCAGCAAGAGGAACUCACGCAGUCUGGAUGGAGCAAUGGCUAUUACUCCUGACAACAAAUCCAGCCGCCCCGUCAGUGCUCCUGUAAUGUCCCCUGUCUCUCCGGGGGAUGCUUCACCAUCACCGCUGCUGUCCGCACUGCAUCGCGCUGACCGCCAUGAUGGCUCCACACCUAAAAGCCAUCGCCAUGAUGACAGAAAAGGGGAGCUGAAGACAGAACGUAAGGCAGAGCCCAAGUGCCAAAAUCCCAAACCACAAUCUACUCCAGAAAUAAAGACUUUGUCCAGAAGAGAGCGGAGACACUCCCCCUCAGUGACCAAUGGGGAGAGAGAGAAAAAAAGCCAGCAUCCUCUGCAGGACAGAAAGAUGGAGGUGGUCCGAGCGAGGAAGAAGAGAUCUAAGAGACUCGAGGGUGAAACUAUUUAUAUCAGACAUAGCAAUUUAAUGUUGGAGAAUGUGGAUAAAACUCAGACCGAGAUCAUGCGCCACCACACCAGUAUCAGCGAGCUUAAGAGGAGCUUUAUGGAGUCGGUACCAGAACCCCGGCCCAGUGAGUGGGACAAGCGUCUGUCCACAAACUCGCCCCUCCGCACGCUGAGCAUCAACGGCCAGCUGCAGCCGGCGGUGGUAACUGGAACCGUUGAUAGUCUGCUGAAACCAAUUGUUAGCCAAAAUUCCUGUUACAGCCAAGUCACAAGUUGCCCUUCACUCACACUGUCUCCUGUGCUGAAGGCCCAGACAGUCACCAUCUCAGAUGUCACCAACUCCCUACGAGGAACUGUGGCCUACAGGGACAUCCCAUUAGUCCACACUGAAACCAAGACCAUCACAUAUGAGUCAGCUCAGGCUCUGGCUCAAGCCAUUAAAGAGGCUAAAGAGCAGCACCCAGACAUGUCCGUCACCAAAGUGGUCGUUCACCAGGAGACGGAGAUCAGCCCUGAAUGAG